GGCAAGCAAGGGAAGGAGACAGAGAAACACAUGGCAGCAGCAGCAGUGAAGUCGUCGGCCGGGAUGGCGGGGAAGAAGUCCCGGAAGCCGUACGUGGUGAGCAGGCCGCGGGAGAAGUGGACCGCCGACGAGCACGGCCGCUUCCUCCACGCGCUGCUGCUGUUCGGCCGCGACUGGAAGAGGGUCCAGGCGUUCGUCGCCACCAAGACGGGCACGCAGAUACGCAGCCACGCCCAGAAACACUUCCUCAGAGCGGACAAGAAGCUGGGCCUCGCCGUGCCGCCGCGGCACCCUCACCGCUCUGCCGCCGGUUGCCCGGCCUGGUGCGCCGACGAUGGUGGUACCCUGGCGCCGGACGUCGAGACGGUUCAGUUCCCCCUGUCUCCGGACGACCUGCGCCUCGCUCAGGUGUACAGGUUCGUGGGCGACGUCUUGGGCUCUAGCGUCGAGGCGCAGCUGCACAGGCUGCUGGGCGCGGACCCUGUCGUCGUGGACACCGUCCUACGGGUGCUGGCCAACCUCCAAGACAACUUGGACAUUUUGUAACUGCUGCUUGAAAGAAUCACAAGUAACUGUCUGAAUAAUUCUUGAAACAGACGGUCGCUUAAUCUUCUGUAGAGCGGCAGCAAAUCUGACAAUCAGCAUUAUCUACU